GCUGGUGUCGAGCGCACGCGCUGGAGUCAACGGCAAGACCACUCUGGGGACGGGAAUGGGCGGAGUUUCUCGUGAGGGAAGCCGGAAGUGGCGGAAUGGACGGCGGCUGGAGAGGUUGGGGGUCUCUUUUGUGAGUAAGCCCAGACGGCCUUUCCGCGUCCCUCUCUCGCCUCCCCGGGGCUUUCCUCAAGAUGGAUGCGCGAGCGCGUGCCAAGCGUUACGAGAAGCUGGACUUCCUGGGUGAGGGGCAGUUUGCUACUGUUUACAAAGCAAGAGACAAAAAUACAAAUCAAAUUGUUGCUAUUAAAAAGAUCAAACUUGGACAUAGAUCAGAAGCUACAGAUGGUAUAAAUAGAACAGCCCUUAGAGAAAUAAAGCUGCUACAGGAGCUUAGCCAUCCAAAUAUUAUUGGGCUUCUUGAUGCUUUUGGACAUAAAUCCAACAUCAGCCUAGUGUUUGAUUUCAUGGAAACAGAUCUAGAGGUUAUAAUAAAGGACAAUAGUCUUGUGUUGACACCUUCUCAUAUCAAGGCAUACAUGCUUAUGACACUUCAGGGCUUAGAAUAUUUACAUGACCACUGGAUUCUUCAUCGGGAUCUUAAGCCAAACAACUUGUUGCUAGAUGAAAAUGGAGUUUUGAAACUGGCUGACUUUGGUUUGGCAAAGUCUUUUGGAAGUCCAAACAGAGUUUAUACACAUCAAGUAGUAACAAGGUGGUAUCGAGCUCCUGAACUGCUCUUUGGUGCUAGAAUGUAUGGUGUGGGUGUUGAUAUGUGGGCAGUGGGCUGCAUUUUGGCUGAAUUGCUUCUAAGGGUUCCGUUUUUGCCAGGAGACUCAGAUCUGGAUCAGCUCACAAAGAUAUUUGAAACUCUAGGUACUCCAACAGAGGAGCAGUGGCCUGGUAUGACUAACCUUCCAGAUUAUGUGACUUUUAAAAGUUUCCCUGGAAUGCCACUUCAUCACAUCUUCAGUGCUGCUGGUGACGAUUUGCUGGAAUUGCUGCAAGGCUUAUUUACAUUCAAUCCUUCCACAAGGGUGACAGCUACUCAGGCACUGAAACAUGAAUAUUUUAGUAAUCGGCCAGCACCGACACCCGGAAGCCAAUUACCAAGACCCAACUGCCCUGUAGAAGCCUUGAAAGAGCAGCAAAAUCUAGUUCCAAAUUUGAAGAGGAAAAGAAUAGAUGGGAAAGAUCAAGGAUUACCAAAAAAAUUGGUAUUUUGACAACUGUUGAAAAAGAGAUAAUGAAUAUUAGUGCUGCUAUGAAGUCUGAAAAGACCAAAUGUGAGAAUUCAAGUAUCAACUGAGUGAAAACAAAAUUUAUCUAUGUAUGUAAAAUGUGUGUAGUACUUGAACUCUAAAAACCAUGUAUUUUUAUUACUUUUUUAAAAAGAAUAAUACGUGUUAAAAAGGACUCUGUUUAGUAAUAUACUCCAGAUGGGAUACAUGAAACUUGGCACGCAGUACUGUUGAAUGAAAUCUUAUGCUAGAAAUAGCUGAGUUGGGGAAAUUGAAAAUAAAUUGAGGAGAUUAGAA